AUGGGGCUGACCUCCCUGAACGUGGCCUGCCUCUUGUUUGGCUGUCUGCUGCUCUGCACUCUCGGGGAAGGGGCCGCGGCAAACAAGACGAGCGCCCGGAGCAGCUGCCCUCCGGACCACGUCUACAUCAGCGGGUGGUGCUAUGUGGUGUGGGAGGACCUCGUUAGCUGGCCAGAAGCUUAUGUUCAGUGUGCGAGUCUGCAUGCAGGAGCUUCCCUGGCCACGGUUAGAGACAGGAAGGAGAUGCAGAUCCUGGGCAACGUCCUGAAGAGCGUCACCUCCAGCACGCGGGCCUGGAUCGGCCUCAGCAAGGCAGAGGGUUCCCGCUGGGUGUGGGCCGAUGGGAGCAGAUACAGGCCGCAGGCUCUGGGCUACCUGCCCUCGUUCUACGGGAGCACGUGUAUAGCGCUGGACAACAGUGCAGGUGAGUGGUGGGUGGCCUCGUGCCCAGGAGGUCGGGCCUCUCGGGCAGGGCCUUCGGGCAGGGCCUUCGGGCAGGGCCUUCGGGCAGGGCCUUCUUCUCUCCUCGCCUGGCCUUUCACGGGGCUCUUGGGAGUUAUCGGGGUUGGCACGGGAGGUUACUGA